AGGCGGUUUUGUUCAUAUUUUCGAUCACUUGUUGGAAGUCCAAACCCAAAGCCGCUCCCCGCAGCUUUUUGGUUCUUUCCUACUAGAGGCGGAAAAACAAAAUAAAAGUAAGCCUCAAUUUCAAACUGUGAAGCUCGAGUAAGUCUAAGUACUAACUUUCCCUCUUUUCGUUAAUUUCACUGUAGUCGCACUUUCUGUCCUCGAUAGAGCUUUUUACGAGGGAGCCUAUAGUUGUCCGGUCCUUGCACGGCCUUACUACAGUUCUCGAUCGAGGCACCGCUGUUGCAGCAAACAGGGGGAGCUAGGAGGGCUCCUACGAAAUCGGACUUGGUGGCACGGAACAACGCGCACUGCCCUUGUGCCGAUUUGAACAAGCCAAAGUGACGGGCUAACUGGUGCGACUAGAGCGGAGUUCACCGAAUCCUGAAAGGAGGAAAACCAAGUCAUGAUGGUGCAUCCACCGCAACGUGGUGGUGCGUGGAAGUCGAAGACGGAGAAAAAAAUCGCCGUUGCCGUUGGACUAACUGUUGCCUGCGGGUUGAUUGCCGCGGAAGGUAUAAAAUAAAAAUGUUCUUUAUGUUAUCUUCCAUGUUUCGGAACGCAAUGCUGCCUCAAUUAUAGUAGUGCUGUGCUAAAUUUUUAUACUUUUACUUUUCCUUUACAAUUAAUUUGCAUUUCCGCACUAUACGAAACCAUUUGAAACUUUACAUCAACAGCCCUCGACGUAGCGACGCUGAAGCAAAGGGAGGAACAAGGUAAAGCUUUUAAGUACUUUAUCGACGGCACCAAGCGCAGCUGCUACAUCUAUCAUGUGGACAUUUCUUUGAAUUUCGUGCGCUUGCUGUUGCUGUUAUAAAUAAAGUAGUUGUCCUCGACGUGCCUACAACCCCUGUCUUCAGAAAACUCAGUACUUUGUCGUGUACACGGCUCUAGUGAUCAUCCGGCGUUGAGUAUACAAAGGUUUGAUCUCAGUAUCUUAUGAUCCUCUGCUGUGAAGAAGGCAUUAUUUGCAUUUCUGAGGUUCGACAGCUACGAAACCGCGCAAGCAACGGCAUGAACGUACCUCGGGGGCUCCUCGAAGACACGCAGCACAAAGGCCUGCACAAACCGCUUCAUCAUUUCUGCAAUUUCUGAAGCGACUCGCGCCGGGUACUCGUACGACACCGGCCGUGCAGCAGCAGCCCAUGCCGCAACGGCACCCGCCCGCCCUUCUCCCGGCAAUCGCUCGCGCUCCCCAAGCACCUGCGCUUACGGUUGCACUUCCUGGUGUUAUUGCGGGAGCACCAGACGCACCGGCAGCACGGGGCCGGCGUGAUGUGGCGAAGUGGCUGGGCCCAAUUUAUCUAGAGGAAGCAUCGGGGUCGUGACGUCUUGCAUGGUAGAUCACUUUUUCUUUUAUUUGUUUGUGCCAGGCUCUGCUUCCUGAUGCUUGAUUAAUAUUAAUGCUGGUUCAUUGACGUGUACGUGUUCCUGGUACCACUACCAGUUCAUAUUCGACGUAUGCGUUUCUGGUUUUCCAGCAGUGCUGCGCCACUAGGAGGUUGUGUCGCGGGUUGUCCGUUUCCAGAACAACCUUCUUGCGGGACCUUAGCCAUGCCUUCCACUGGUGCAGGUCCAAAGCAUGUGUUUUGGAUAGGAAUACACAUAGAGUCUAACCGUGAGCAACAUAAGCAUGAAGAUCCGGUGCUUUUGGCCGCCCCUUUGUUUUCUGGUUAUCCCAUCACGGACAAAGAAGUGACGCAGCCACUCGAGGUCUUUCACUACAUUCAGCAGGGAAUCGAAAACAUGGCCGACACUUCUCCCGAGUUCCGUAACAAAGUAUUAGAGCAGUUCCAGUUCGGUGAUCACGAUUGGAACCUACUCGUUGAGGACAAAGUUCACCUAGGAGAAAAGCUACCAAAUAUAAUAAUGGACAAGUUUAUUCUUUUGAAACCGGCCAAGCCCCAGGCCCAUUUAUUGAGUUGGUUCAGCCACCGAACGAAAAGCAGUACCUCGUUGCAGGAAAGUACCUCGGCGGGGGGAAUUUUGGAAAGACCUACGCAUUGA